AUGUCAAACUCUCCUUCAAGAAGGCCUUUGCAUACAAGAUCAGAUUCAGAGACGAAUCGCUCAGCAGCGGUCCGAUUGGUUCCGCCCGAACCCCCUCAAUUUUUAAGACAAUUGGAGGAUGAUGAAGGAGAACAAGCGAAUGACUAUUAUCAUGAGAAUGAUCCCAUUAAUAAGAAUGAUGAUGAUGACAAAAUUUAUUCACGAUCUCCUCUUCCCACCCAGUCAGCUCAUAUUCUCUCUCCUGGUCAUUCUAUUGGCAAAGGUCAAUAUUUCUAUGGUAGGCAAGGUUCCAGCCCCGAUUCAGCCGAGUUUCACCAGAUGCCCAAAACGCAACCACUGCCAGCCACUCCUAGAGGCACGUCCACCGCAACGCAUAACACGCCGCAAAUUACUACUCCUGCGACACGAUCCUCAACGAGGCCCAGACCCCAGUCAAGAAAGCGUCUUGUUGUCAAGGUUGGGGACGGAAAGACAUUUUCCCUCGUACCCCAAGAUGAACCACUACCCAACGACGACGGUACCUCACAGUCUUUAUCCACUAAAACAUCAUCGUCUUCUGUACAAGAUUUGGAUCAUUCUAUCACCUCAUGCACCAAUACCGACUCCACAUACACAGCCGCACCUAGUGAGGCAACACCUAGGAAGUCGAUAUCUGCAGAUCAUAUAAGCUGUUCGUCCUCGGAGUUCUCGAUUGUGGGUGGUGUUCGAAAAGUUCCCAAGACACCAGAAAAGGGAAAAGGUCCAGCGUUCGAUUAUCCUCUUCCUCCUUUGCCAGAAACUUCAGACGGACCAGAGCCCCGCUUCCACGAUCUUUCUGCAAAACCAUCAUUCAUUUCAACAACCUCAACUGCAAGCGAGGGCACUAAUUGGAAAGUUUACAGUCAUAUUCCAGAAUCGCCGACUUAUGAAUCUGUCCUUACUGCAACUCCCACUCAACCUAAUUUUGAAGUUCUCGACGGUCAAUCCGUUCUUGAACAGUCCACUCCUUCAACAACUAUCUAUCGGCCGCGCAAAGCGUCAAUUCAAGAGUCAAUCCAGGAGUCAAUUCAAGAGUCAGUUCAAGAGUCAAUUCAAGAAUCAGUUCAAGAAUCAAUUCAAGAGUCAGUUCAGGAGUCAGUUCAGGAAUCAGUUCAAGAAUCGAUCCCGGAAUCAAAUCAAGAAUCUACAGGGACUGUAAUUCACCGACCCCAAACAUCUCAAACGUCAUCUGCGAGCACAUCGGAUAAUUCUAAUUACCAAAUUCACGAAGAAUCUGUCUCUGGCUCAGUCAUCUAUAGGCCACAGCAUCGACCCCAGCUAUCCACAAGCACUUCCGGCUAUUCGACUUCGAAUUAUCCCAACUCGAACUAUCAAAUACAUGAACCAGACACUCCAACUUCAGUAGUCUUCAGACCUUCACAUAGACCUCAGUUAUCUACAAGCACAACUGGUGAUAAUACUAAUUACGAAAUUCAUCGUGGCCGUACCCGAGAACGCUCUGAAUCAAUUGCCGAUUCCUUUCUUGCAGCAUCAUUUUCUAGUGGCUCCAAUUACCGAGUACAUCAACACUCUGAUAUAGAUUCGAAUUCAUCAGUUGUCCAUAGACCUCGAGCUCGAGCAGCAACCACUUCUUCCAGCGAACACGAAAAUUACGUGUUCCACGAGGACCUUUCCAGAUCCAUAUCUCUUUCGAGUGGUCAGGGCCCAGCACCUAAGUAUUCUCAAGAAUCUCUUCGUAUUCCUGCCCUCAGAACAAAAAAGAGGUCGAACGACAAUUUUGGCUACUACAAGUCAAGAUCGCGAGAGACAUUGAAGUCGAGAUCAAAUCACUCGCUUCGAAGUGCAGCACACAGUCGAGCUAAUUCGCUAGCGUCGUUAUCAACAAUUCACACACAACCCGACGCACAACGAGCAAUCGUGGCGAGCGGAUCAUUAGUUAAUUUAUCCGCUCACGCUCAACUCCAAAAGCCAAAAGGAUUGAGUUCAUGGGCAGAGUUGCCGAGCCCCACGAGUCCCCAUAUGAUCGAGACUCCGCAUCAAUGGAGCUCACAGCUAUCCACUGUGCUCUCCGUAUCCGAGGGAACCGGCACCGAACGCGGUUCGCAAGCUUGGUCCGACAGUAUGGGAAGAAGGAGUGUAUUCGGUCUACCCAGUCGCGGCAGUCGCAAUGUUCUCAGUAUCAGUUCGUCACACGGAAUCGAAGAUGCCUUGUCAAGAUCGAGAAGCGAAUCUGUGGAUCCUCCACGUCCAGCUUGGACACGCAGUGGUCGAGGUCUCAGCAGCUCAUCUAUCCCUGUUAUAGGUGAUCAAGAUGAAUAUGGUGACGGAAUCACCGCCAUGCAAGAUCUGCGCACUCGUCCAUCCAGAAAUAGAUUAUCCGGCAUGUUCAAUGCUGGAGCAUCUGAUACUUCCCGCACACACACCAUGCGCUCCUCAAUAAGUACCCGCUCCAAUAGUUUUCUCGCAAACUCAAUCCCAACGUGGGCAAGACUUUACUAUGGAAGUGGAGAGCGUCGCUAUCUAGGCUACAGACCCGAGAGUUCCAGCGGCGGAAACCCAAGUCGCAAUGGCUCAUUCAGUUGUGGAAGUGGCUCCCCCAAUACAGAAAACUUCCCAGAUGAAUUAUAUAGUCCCCGUCGUCGACCACGAGAAGGCCAUCCACACAUGCGAGGUUUCUCCCAACAAUCUAUGGAAAUCACACCUGUACCCACCGCAGCCCAAGGCAAUGGCGCUCUCAGAACCUGGUCUCUCAUUUCCAGCGUCUGGUCUCCACAUCUCCGUACCGAUCGCCGAGCCGCUCGUCAAUCUCUCUGGGAACCCCCGCAAAUCAACUUCUCAACCGAGGGCGGUUUUUUCGGCCGUCGUAACAUCCAAGUCGUUCUCUUCAUCACUGGAUUUCUUCUUCCUUUCACCUGGAUGAUCGCCGCUUUUCUCCCUCUCCCCACGAAGCCCGUCCAAGAGAUGCGCGAACGCAAAGAUAGUACCGGACACCUCACACAAGCGCGGGAUCUAGAAAGUCGCGGCAACAAUGAUUAUGUCAAGGAAUUUGGCCCGUUGGAUGAGGCACGUUAUGAGAGUGCCAGGUGGUGGAGGACUCUGAAUCGUUGGAUGAGUGUGGUGGGAUUAUUGAUUAUUGCUGCUAUUAUCAUCCUCGCUGUCAUUGGUACCCGAGAGGGAUGGUAA